AUGGAUUACCCGAUCCGGGGUCCGAAAGCCGACAUCGGGUACACCGACAUAUCUGUUGCAGAUUGUAAGCUGGCUCGCCAAAAGGGCAGUAUCAGCUACACUGAAAUCCAGCCCCCAAGCUCAAAUAGCAGCAGAAAGCAAAGGCUCUGA